AUGCCUCUCUUUGCGGCCUGCUACGCCUGCUUCCCCAGUGGCAUUCAUCUUGAUGAGGAAAAAAAAGCCCCACAGCAAGCCGACACCCCAGUAACGAAGGAGGAGACUAAGGCAGUGCAGAAACCUCCGACGGUUUUAGCCAGAGUGUGGAAUUUGUUGAUUCACCUGGUGCGCUUUUGCCAACUAAUGAUCAUCUUCGCCCCGCCCAUCCUGCUCUUCCCUCUCAUGUUCUUCAAGAAAACUGAAGGGUACUGGAUGGAUCUCUUCUACUUCAAGGAAUCCUACGGAAAGAACAUCGAGGACAUCUUCGAAGAGUUUGACCCAGAACCCAUCGCUUCAGGGUCGGUGAGUCAGGUCUAUAGAGCCCAAUACAAGGGCAAAAAAGUGGCAGUGAAGGUCAGACAUCCAGGAGUGGACAAGUACAUCGAGAGAGAUAUCAACAUCUUGUUCUUUAUCAGUUACCUUGCGUCCUUCAUAUCGCCCUCCUAUGAGAUUCCUGUUAGCUACUCCUCGCUGAAAAAAACUCUUAUCGAACAGAUAGAUUUUACCUUCGAAAUGAAAAAUCUAAAUCUUUUCAAUGAGAUGUUCAAAGACAGGAAAGAAGUCAACUUCCCAUCUCCCAUUGAAGAAAACACCAAAGAAAUGGUUCUAAUCGAAUCCUUUGUGGAGGGGCAUCCAGUUACCUACUACGAGCUCAACAGGCACCCCCUCAACAAAGUGAUAGCCCGUUUAGGCUCCGAAGCCUUCUUCGAAAUGCUCAUGAAGAACAACUUCAUCCACGCCGACUGCCAUGGCGGCAACAUCUUCAUCGAAGUCAAAGAGGAGUCCUACAACUUCUUCACAGAGGUCUAUGAUUUCGUCAAGGACCUCAUGUAUGUGCUCUCCUACCGCCUCAAGGCAGAAACCGUCGACUCAGAGUCCCUCAAGCAGCUCUAUCUCGAAUAUUGCAAAGAGGAGAUAUAG